AUUUCCGACAGGAGACGCAGCGUCUGCUCUGCCCUUCUUCGCGCGCUCCGCGAUGGCGUCGAGCGUUCCGCGAAAGGACUACUACGGCAACGUCUGAGGAGGAGGAGGAGGUUUCUUUUUUCCAACAGGGCCGGAAUGGAAGGAGAAGCCGCUGCCAGGCGAAGAUAGGCGGCAUGGUACCCCUCUGGCCGUUGUGGACUUUGUGGCUGGCUUAUUUCGCGGCUCGGGGUGUGGCGAGCGACGAUGCUCCAUUGAAGUGCGAAGAUCUGCGAAUCGGCCAAUAUAUAUGCGAACAUCCUAAAAUAGACAAUGCAACCCAAGAACCCAUGAAGUGUACUAACCACACUGCAUAUGUUGCCUGUCUUCCAGCCCCAAAUAUUACUUGUAAAGAUUUCAGUGGAAAUGAAACUCAGUUUACUGGAAAUGAAACUGGAUUUUACAAACCCAUUGAGUGUCGAAGUGUAAAUGGUUACUCCUAUAAAGUAGCAGUAGCUCUGUCUUUGUUUCUUGGCUGGUUGGGAGCAGACCGGUUUUAUCUAGGAUAUCCUGCAUUAGCUUUAUUUAUUGAAAAGUGUCCUUACAACGUAUUUUAGUAGCUUGAUGAUUCUAUACAAAUAACAGUAAUUUGAAAAGAAAAUGAAUAAUAUUUUAU